UCUCUAUUGAAUCAUUAUAAUGCAUACUAUACACUGAAUAUGUAUAAUAUUCUUUGUAUACUAUAUUACUUAUAAUGAAUAAGUAUACAAUCAUAUCUGUUUAUAAAAUACAAACUAUUUUGAUAUGAAUAGAAUGGGUAUUAGUUAAGUAUUAAAGAAGAAAAAUAAAAUUAAGGUAACAAUUAUGCCACAAAGAAAAGGAUUAUUAGCUCCACAAAAUACUUUUCUUGAUACAAUUGCAACACGAUUUGAUGGAACACAUAGUAAUUUUGUAUUGGGUAAUGCACAAGUACAUGAUUAUCCUAUCGUAUAUUGUUCUGAUGGAUUUGUUGAAUUAACUGGUUAUAAUAGAUCACAAAUUAUGUCAAAAUGUUGCUCAUGUAGUUUUCUUUGGGGUGAACGAACCGAUGAUAAUGCAAAACAAUCAAUAUUAAAUACAUUAGAAAAGAAAUGUGAAUUACAAAUUGAAAUACAAUUUCAUAAGAAGACAAAUGAACCAUUUCUUUGUUUAUUGGAUAUUGUACCAAUUAAAAAUGACAAAUCACAAGUUGUUCUAUUUCUUGUAUCUCAUAAAGAGUUAUCACCUGAUCGACAUGGACGAAAUAAAGCCAACUAUAGUAUACCGGAAUCAAGUUUAAAAGUACCAUAUAUGUUAUCUGCUCAACAUUUAACUGGAACAUCUCCAUCAAAUAAAACACCAAAUUUAUUAACAAUGGGACUAGCAACAACAAUUACAGCAGCAGUUCUUGGUUCAACUGGAUUUCGUAAUAAUAAAUUAUUAGAUUAUUUAAGUGCUACAAAGAAUACAACAACAAUACCACCCCCAUUACCACCAUCACUACCAACAACAACUACCAUUACUCAUAAUAAAUUAGAUAGAAAUACUUCAAUUGUAAGUAGGAAAUUAUCAGAUCGUACUUCUAUUGAGUCGAGUAAAUCACUAGCGAAAUAUUCAUCAACAAGUAAUAAUAGUGUAAUAAAUGAUGUUCUCAAUAGUUCAAAACAAAAUAUUCUAUUAGAUCCAAUUGAUGUUGAAAGUGGUCCACUUUUAAUAACAGAAUAUAAAAUUCAUGAAUCUGAUUCAACGGAUACAUCAAGUGAUGAAUCAAGUAAUUUAACUAAUGAUCCAUCAACUGUUUAUAAAUUUCAACGAAGACGAAGUCGGGCUGUAUUAUAUCAUUUAUCUGGACGAUUCGAUCAAAAAUCUAAGCAUAAAUUACCAUUUAAAAAAUUUCAACGUAUUUCUGGCAAAGAAACAAUACCUGAAUAUAAAGUUCAAGAUGUACAAGCAUCAAGAUUUAUAUUAUUACAUUAUAGUUUAUUUAAAAUUAUUUGGGAUUGGAUGAUAUUAUUAUGUACAUUUUAUAUUGCUAUAAUGGUACCAUAUAAUGCAGCAUUUUCUCAGGGAGGUGAUGAAAAAGAUUUAAUUAUAUGUGAUAUUAUUGUGGAAUUAUUAUUUAUUAUAGAUAUUAUAUUAAAUUUUUGGACUACAUAUGUUAGUAAAAGUGGACAAGUUGUAUAUCAUUUAAAAGCCAUUGCUAUCAAUUAUUUACGUGGUUGGUUCUUUCUUGAUUUAUUGGCGGCUAUUCCAUUCGAUGUUAUUUUAGCUGUAAAUAAUCCUGAAAUACAAGGAACUAUUGGUGAAAUGGGUAAUUGGAUUCAUUUAUUGAAAUUGGCACGUUUACUUCGUUUGGCAAGAUUAUUUCAAAAAAUUGAACGAUAUUCUCAAUAUAGUACAGUAAUAUUGGGUUUACUAAUGUGUAUGUUCUUUCUUGUUGCUCAUUGGUUUGCUUGUGGAUGGUAUUGUAUUGGUAAAGAGGAAUUUAAGUCGAAAAUUACAAGGGAAUACAGUUGGUUAUAUGAAUUAGGUGAACGAAUGCAAUUGAAUCGUUCAUAUUCAGCAAUGAAUAAAACGAAUGGAUUAACUAGACGUGCAUUAUAUGUAUCUAGUUUAUAUUUUACAACAACUAGUUUAACUAGUGUUGGAUUUGGUAAUGUAUCACCGAAUACAGUAAAUGAGAAAAUAUUUGCUGUGAUAACUAUGCUUAUUGGAGCUCUUAUGCAUGCAGCAGUAUUCGGUAAUGUGACAACACUUAUUCAACGUAUGUAUUCAAGACGUUCAGCAUAUCAAACAAAGAAUCAAGAUUUAAAAGAUUUUACACGUGCUCAUCAUAUACCGAAACCUUUAAAACAACGUAUGCUUGAAUUUUUUCAAGCUAUGUGGGCAAUUAAUCGUGGUAUAGAUAAAGAAGCUAUAUUACAAUCAUUCCCGGAAAAUUUACGCGGUGAUAUUGCUUUACAUUUAAAUCGUGAAAUAUUAUCAUUGAGUUUAUUCAAAAGUGCCAGUCCUGGUUGUCUUAAAUGUUUAGCUCAAUUAAUAACAACACGUUUUGCUACACCUGGUGAAUAUCUUGUUAAUCAAGGUGAUGCAUUACAAUUUAUCUAUUUUGUCUGUAGUGGUUCUUUAGAAAUACUUGGUGAAGAAGGUACAGUUGUUGGAUUGUUGGGUAAAUGUGAUAUAUUUGGUAGUGAUAUGGAUGAUUUGCCUAUAUUGGGAUAUUCAGCUUAUAAUGUUAAAUCAUUAACAUAUUGUGAAUUACAAUGUAUAGCAUUAGAUCAUCAAUUACAAGAAAUAUUUGAUCAAUAUCCACAAUUUAGAAAACAAUUUGCUUUAGCCAUUUCAGAAGAAUUAUCAUUUAAUUUAAGAGCUGGAUUCGAUCCAACUUCAUCUUUAGAGCUGAUUCCCGCAAUCACUGUCACUACUGAUAAGAAUACAGAUUUCGAAGAUCAUUCCGAUGAUGAUGAUGAUAUUAGUAAUAAAUCUCAUGAAAUAAUCAAUGAUGAAUGCAUUUUACUAACUAAUUCACAGAAUAAAACAUCAGUGAACAAGAAAGACGACGAUGAAGAUGAUGAUGAUGAUGAUGAUGAUGAUAAUGAUGACGAUGAUGAUGACGAUGAUAGAACUAUGACCCAUGAAUUAGGUAAACAAUUCAUAAAUAUAAAAACAAAAAAUUUAAAAAACUCUCUAAACGAUCAUCGUCUUGACAACCAAUUCAAUGAGAAACAAAUAAAACUAUUUGAAAAUUUAAAUUCUUCGCAAAAAAUUAAAAAAAAUUUUAUUCAUAUCAAACAAAAUUCAUUAGAUUUAUAUACAAAACAUUUUGAAAAAUUCAAUAAAUUGAAUCAUAUUUUAUCUAUUGAACAAUUGAAUCAAUUGAAUAAAACAAACAAUAUUAAUACUACUAUUCAUACUACUCAUAACACUAAUAAUAGUAGUAAUAAUUAUAAUUGGGAUAAUAAUGAAUCUAAGACGAAGUUUUACUUUCAUUAUCCAAUUAUGAAUUCAUUUCAUUCAUUUGAAAAUCUUAUGGACAAAUCUAAAAUGAAUAUUAAAACAUUAUACUUAAAUUAUAAAUGUAAAUCAUUCGAUGAUAUUUAUCAUAUUGGUAAAUCAUUUAGAACUUAUAUUCGAAAUGAAUCUAUUUAUAAUACUGACAGUUACGAUCAAGAUGAAAAUUACAAUCAAAUAAAUGAUGUGUUCAUCAAUUCAAACAACAUUAACAAUACUACCACUACUACUACUACUCCUCCUCCUCCUACUCCUGCUCCCACUACUACUAUUAACAAUAAUAAUAAUAAUAGUAGUAGUAAUAGUAAUAGUAAUAAUACUAAUGAUAAAGUAACAAAACAAAAUCAGCUGAUUUCAACCCUUUAUAUCAAUUUCUAUCAAACACAAAAUGAUAUUACUUUAAUCAAAUCAGAAUUGAUACAAAUGAAUCAAAAACUUGAUAGAAUACAAAAAGAUUUUAUUGAAUUUAUUAAAUUAUUUAUUAAAAAUGAAAAUUCAUUCAAUAAUCAAUCCAUCCAUCUUAAUACUUCUAAUAAUAGUAAUAAUAAUAAUAAUAAUAAUAAUGAGAAACGAUUGAAAACGAUACAUUCAGUUGCUGGGAAUGAUACUGUCUCUUCAACACAAACAAACAUUGCUCAUAGUAACAAUAAUAAUAAUAAUAAUAGUAAUGAUAAUAAUAACAGUAUUAGUAAUAAUAAUGUUAAAAAUUCAAAAGAUGGCUUAUCCCCUUCUAAAUCUAUUAUAUCAACAACAAUAAUGAAUUCACGUCCAUGUUUACAUCAAUAUGGUAGAACACAUCAUUAUUCACCAGAGAAUCGUGUAGUGACAUUUCAAUUACCACCACGUAAUUAUGAUUUUCGUAGUCAAAGUUUAACUAGUUCAAGACAAAUUUCACCAGAAACACCAAAAUCUAAUCCAAUUAAAAAAUUAUUACAUAAACAUCCAUCUAUAUCACAUGAUCUUAAUUAA